CUCUCUCAUGAUCAAAUCCCACAGUCAUCAACUCUCAAUCUCACUUUUCUCCCUCGCAAGUCUGCGCGUUGCCGAAAAGAAGAAAUGAAGUUGCUCCAUGUUUAUCGUCGCACCUCAUCACCACCAUUUUAUCCAUCAUCAAUGUUCGCUGCUCUGUUCCCGUGCUUGUUCGCUGCACUGUUCCCGUGCUUGAUCGCUGCUCUGUUCCCCUGCUCGCGAGUUCUCAAGCUUGAAUCAAUGCAGUCCCGACGAGCUCGUUACCCGAUCGCGAUCAGUCCAGUCCCGAGCAGUCCCCAUCGACGCGACCCUUACCCGCUGUUCAAGCUGCACAUCGCGAUCAUUUGCCCGCGUUGCUCCCGGCAUGCUUCCAUUGAUCAUCGCUCGUGUCCCUACGUUUUCCGGCGAGCCCUCCCUCCAUCAACAACCAUGCUCAGCCACUGGCCACCACAAGGACUCCGUUGUCGCGCCUCUCGUCGUGAACAUCUCCUCGCAGGGCCUUCAUUGCUGUCUCCAGACCCGUGUCCCGUCCGUGAGGCAAACGUAGUUGUCGAGCCCCCUCGUGCAGUCCGUUUCAGCCCUGACUCGACCCUUUCGCGUGUCCAUAUCUCGAGAACGAUACCCGAGCUUCUUAUCCCGCUCGAUUUUGUUAUGCUUAUAUAU